GCUGUGACCGCGUCCAGAAAGCGGCGCACACUGUCAAUGUUGUGACGGGUCAAAGAGAUCUAACUAGGUACUUAAUCGACGCCUUGAUCGUGUUGAAUUCAAAAGGUAGAGGUAACAAGCUAUUGAUCUCCGUUUGACAACCGCUACAACAGUGAAAAGGAACAUCGAUCGUGUUCUUACUGCGCGUGUCACGAAACAAGUAAAGACUGGGAUUCUAGUUUUCAUCAAAGUGGACACCAUUUUAUCAAGGAUAGCUAGCUAGCCUAAUCGGCUAAAAACACUGGCCUUCGCGUUCUGAAUGGGUUUGCAAUAGCAAACUAUUGCUACAGAAGAGGGGAGAGCGUCAUCCAGUAAAAUGGAAACGGCAGAUGAAGCAGAUAUAUGUCGUGUGUGUCGUUCGGAGGGGACCCCAGACAAGCCCCUGUACCACCCCUGUGUCUGCACCGGCAGUAUCAAGUUCAUCCAUCAGGAAUGUUUGGUCCAGUGGCUGAAGCACAGCAGGAAGGAGUAUUGUGAAUUAUGCAAGCACAGAUUUGCUUUCACACCAAUCUACUCCCCAGACAUGCCCCCACGCCUGCCCAUCCAGGACAUCUGUGCUGGCCUGCUGACCAGUGUGGGCACGGCCAUACGAUACUGGUUCCACUACACACUGGUGGCCUUUGCAUGGCUGGGGGUGGUCCCCCUCACUGCAUGUCGAAUCUACAAGUGUCUGUUUACCGGCUCCGUGAGCUCGCUCCUGACGCUGCCAUUGGACAUGCUUUCCACAGAGAACCUGCUGGCGGACUGUCUACAGGGCUGUUUCGUAGUGACGUGUACACUGUGUGCGUUCAUCAGCCUGGUGUGGCUUAGAGAGCAGAUCGUCCAUGGUGGCCCUCCCCUGUGGCUGGAGCACCAUCAGCAGCCCCAGCCCAACGCAGCUGGACAGCAGCCCAAUGAGGCUGCAGGUGUAGGUCAGGGAGCAGCUGAUGACCCCCCUGCAGCCCCCCCUGCACCCGCCGCCCCCCCAGCUCACAACGAGGCGGAGCCAGAACCCCCAGACGGCCUCCCAGAACAGGGGGAGGAGCCAGAACCAAACAAUGAGGAAGAGGGGGCAGCGGGUGAAGAUGCGGAAGCCAACAACGGAGCUCAAGAUGAUAUGAACUGGAAUGCUCUAGAAUGGGACAGAGCAGCAGAGGAGCUCACCUGGGAGAGGAUGCUUGGACUGGAUGGCUCCUUGGUGUUCUUAGAGCAUGUGUUCUGGGUUGUGUCUCUGAACACUCUCUUCAUCCUGGUGUUUGCAUUCUGUCCAUACCACAUUGGUCACUUCUCUGUCGUGGGACUUGGCUUUGAGGAAUAUGUUCAAGCUUCCCAUUUCGAGGGCCUGAUCAUGACCAUCGUGGGGUACAUCCUGCUGGCCGUGACACUCAUCCUCUGUCACGGAUUCGCUGCUCUCGUCAGGUUCCAGAGGUCCCGCCGUCUACUAGGGGUCUGCUAUAUCGUUGUCAAGGUCUCUUUGCUGGUCAUCGUGGAGAUAGGAGUUUUCCCCCUCAUCUGUGGCUGGUGGCUCGACAUCUGCUCUUUAGAGAUGUUUGAUGCGUCUCUAAAGGACAGAGAGCUGAGUUUUAAGUCUGCUCCAGGCACCACCAUGUUCCUCCACUGGCUGGUGGGAAUGGUCUACGUCUUCUACUUUGCAUCCUUUAUCCUCCUACUGAGAGAGGUGCUGAGGCCUGGGGUCCUGUGGUUUCUGAGAAACCUGAACGAUCCAGACUUCAACCCAGUCCAGGAGAUGAUCCACCUACCCAUCUACAGACACAUCCGCAGGUUCAUCCUGUCUGUGGUGGUGUUUGGUUCUAUCGUCCUCCUGAUGCUGUGGCUGCCCAUCAGGAUGAUGAAGCUCUUCCUCCCUGCCUUCCUCCCAUACAACGUCCUCCUCUACAGUGAUGCCCCAGUCAGUGAGCUGUCUCUGGAGCUGUUGCUGCUGCAGGUGGUUCUGCCAGCUCUCCUAGAGCAGGGUCACACACGCCAGUGGCUCAAAGGUCUGGUCAGGACCUGGACUGUUAUCGCUGGAUACCUACUAGACCUCCACUCUUACCUGCUGGGUGAACAGGAAGAGAAUGAGGCCAACCAGCCUGUCAACAACAACAACAACCCUGCCCCUGUUGUGGGUGAGGGGCUUCAUGCAGCCCAUCAGGCCAUAUUACAGCAAGGUGGACCUAUAGGCUUCCAACCCUACCAACGCCCUCUACGCUUCCCCUUCAGGAUUGUCUUGCUGAUAGGCUUUAUGUGUGUCACUCUGCUGGUGGCCAGCCUGGUGUGUUUGACGUUACCAGUGUUUGUGGGCCGUUGGCUGAUGUCGUUCUGGACGGGUAGCGCUAAGAUCCAUGAGCUGUAUACAGCAGCGUGUGGUCUGUACGUGUGCUGGCUGUCCAUCCGCGGUGCCACCGUGCUGUUGGCUUGGAUGCCCCAGGGACGCACCAUCAUCAUGAUCAAAGUCCAGGAGUGGACCCUCAUGAUCCUGAAGACCCUGGUAGUAGCGUUGCUGGUGGCAGGUGUUAUCCCUCUACUGCUGGGCCUGCUGUUUGAGCUGGUCAUCGUUGCUCCGCUACGCGUUCCUCUGGACCAGACACCUCUCUUCUACCCCUGGCAGGACUGGGCUCUGGGGGUACUCCAUGCCAAAAUCAUUGCUGCCAUCACCCUCAUGGGUCCCCAGUGGUGGCUGAAGUCUGUCAUAGAACAGGUGUAUGCUAACGGCAUCAGGAACAUCGACCUCCAUUUCAUCAUCCGUAAGCUGGCUGCCCCCGUCAUCUCAGUGCUGCUGCUGUCCCUCUGUGUCCCCUACGUCAUAGCAGCCGGGGUCGUACCUACCGUAGGUGUGACUCCAGAGAUGCAGAUUCUGAUGCAGAGGAGGAUCUACCCAUUCCUCCUGAUGGUGGUGUCCAUCAUCGGCAUUCUCUCCUUCCAGAUACGACAGUUCAAACGUCUUUACGAACACAUCAAGAACGACAAGUACCUGGUUGGCCAGCGGCUUGUCAACUAUGAACGCAAGGCUAGGGGAGCCAGCUCUGUCCCGCCCCCUAACCCUAUCCCAGAGUAGUCAUGUUUGUGUGAGGUCAACGCUUUUGGAAACUACCCUUCUCAUGUUUUCCCUCCCUCUAUCGUUCUCUCAGUGGUGUUCAUACCUUGCUUUGGUUAAGUGCAACCUGAGAAUUGUACAUGUGUAAAUACUUUGGACGCAGACUCCGUUGUCUGAAAUGUAAAAUACUUGGAUUAAUGCAAUGACCAUUGUACAUCUUAAAGUGUAUUUAUUAAAUCAGACUGACAAUUUU